GCGUCUCUGACUGGCUGCGGGGCCGAGGCCGCGCAGUAAAUGGCGCCGCUGGCGGGAAAGUUGAGUGGCUGGUGCGCCGAGCCUCCGGGGCGAUGUGUAGUGACUUCCAUAGGGCUGAGUCUGGGACGGAGCUCCUUGCCCGACUGGAAGGUAGAAGUUCCUUGAAAGAAAUAGAACCACAUCUGUUUGCUGAUGAAGAUUCACCUGUGCAUGGUGAAAUUCUUGAAUUUCAUGGUCCAGAAGGAACAGGAAAAACAGAAAUGCUUUAUCAUUUAACAGCACGAUGUAUACUUCCGAAAUCGGAAGGCGGACUGGGAGGGGAAGUCUUGUUUAUUGACACAGAUUACCACUUCGAUAUACUUCGGCUCGUCACGGUUCUCGAGCACAGACUCUCCGAAAGCUCUGAAGAAGCCAUAAAACACUGCCUUGGGAGAUUUUUUCUGGUGUACUGCAGUAGCAGCACCCAGUUACUUCUCACACUGUACUCACUAGAAACUAUGUUCUGUAGUCACCCCUCUCUCUGCCUGUUGAUUUUGGAUAGCCUGUCAGCUUUUUAUUGGAUAGACCGUGUCAAUGGAGGAGAAAGUGUUAACUUACAGGAGUCCACUCUGAAGAAAUGUUCUCAACUCUUAGAGAAGCUGGUGAAUGAGUAUCGAUUGGCUCUUUUUGCAACAACACAAAGUAUAAUGCAGAAAACCUCAAACUCAGCAGAAGGGCCUUCUUGUGCCUUUAAUCGCCAGAGUGAUGUGGAUGUAGACUAUAGACCCUAUCUCUGUAAGGCGUGGCAACAAGUGGUAAAGCAUAGAAUAUUCUUCUCCAAACAAGAUGAUUCCAAAACCGGCAACCAGUUUUCUUUAGUUUCACGUCAUUUAAAAAGUAACAACUUAAAAAAACAUUUUUUUAUUAUUGGAGAAAGUGGUGUUGAGUUUUGUUGAUAUGUAACGUAAAAUAGUCUUUUUGUAGGAUAUCAUGCGAGUUUUAAAACGUCUUUAAUAGGCUAAAAUGAUUUGAUUCUAAAGUUCUUAAACUCUAAGGGAAUUUAACAUAACCGUGUUUCUAUACAGAAUGGAUUUCUUAAACUAGUGCAGUAGAACCUUAGACUCUUCUUCCCUAGGUUGUUGAAGAUUAUUCAGUGAUAAUAACAAUUAAGCUAUAUUAAGUUGUUUUAAAACCAAAUAAGAUAUACAUUUCAGUCCAAAUAAAGUGGAAUUUUCUAACUUUGUGUCACAUUUCUGGAAUUCAGUUAAAUACUUGUUUAGGAAAGUUGAAAUGCAUUUCUGAUUUUUCAUAUGUAACUCCUUUAAGAAGCUGUAAAUUUGGAAAAUGUUUCUGUAGAGCUGUUAUUUCUGUAAAGAGGAUGAAAACAAGGAGCCUACCCAAUCUGCCUUUCACACCAAAGACUAUGGAAAGUCAGAGCAUUUUGAUCUGUUUUACUGAAUUCAAAGAUGGAGCUGCAUUAUGGUUGAGUUUCUGUAUAAUUUUUAAAACACAGGGAAAUAAGAUACCCAUUCAAGGAGUUCUGUGAAUAUUGAAAUUUCAUCUUUCUUGUUAAGAUAAAUGCUAAAACUAUA